AUGUUGGCCUCUUUUGAAAAAAUUACACAACAUAUUUCUGGUGCAACUUAUUCUACAUUUAGUAUGAUUCAUCCUUAUAUAGAAAUACUUAAAAGAUCAUUUGCACCCCGAUUAGAUAAAGAAGAAACAAAGACAUUGUACCUUGAAUUAGUUUAUAAUUGUACGCUUAAUGAUGAUAAUAGUACUGAUCUUAGUUCAGAUUCUAUUAGUGAUGAUAAUGAUAUACCAAGUAACAAUAUCAAUAUGGUUGAAUAUUUAUCUUCCGUUAAUCCUGAUAGUUUAUUACAAAAAGUUCAUGCUACUAUCUUUUUGUCUUUAGAUGAGCUUUGGGAUAUACUAUCAGAUCUGGCUUUGAUUGCAUCUAUUCUUGACCCACAGUUCAAAACUUUUUAUUCCGCCUUCAACAAAAAAGGAAGAUCCAGGAAUCGUUCACUUAAACAGGAAAGAGAAAGUGCAGCAGAGAGAAAAGAAAAUUCUUAUACUUGGAAUGGAGAUAGCAAAAUCAAAGCAACCAACAAAUUAGACGCUUCUCCAACUCAUGAGGAUAUGGCUCAAUCCAUGCUACUGCAAAUUAUAGGCAGACUGGACAAGCUAGAAGGUCAAGACAGCUUAUCUCAUAUAAUAUCCGCAAGGAUGAUCUUGCGAAUCACUCCUAAAGGCGCCCCAGAUGCAACAAUGAAACCCCUAGAAACAAACGAGGGGGUCGAGAGUAAAGGCGAGGUUGUGUCCCCGGAAAAUGAAG